CUUUUAAUAUAUUCAGUUGCUGGGUGUGCUGCUGAAGUGGAGACUUCACCUAUGAUUCUCAAGUCUUGCAAGCAAGAAAAAUGUAUCCCAGAUUACGGAAAACAACUGAUCCACGAGAGGACAGGAUUUGGGCCUGCAGCUCCGCAUUGACAGCACAGAAAAUGUUUGUCAUUUUGUGGAUGUGUGUUGGUGUACUGUCCACACUUUUGCCGGCUGUGGGGGCCGUCGAAUGUUCGAAUGAGAUGGAAACACAACUGAGACUGAGACCAAGCCUGAGCUCCAGAGCCGGGCCACAGCUGACCAACUGCUUACUGGAGUGCACCCGGAUGACAUACUACAAUAAACUGCAAAUUCAGGACAAUAACAACAUACGGCUUAAAGACUCCACAGAUGGAGACCUCGGGGAAUACUGCUGGUCUAAGGAGCUCAAGUGUACCCUGGGGGAGAGCUUUCUGCGUGCCUAUGUGGUGUUGCCCAUGGAUAUAUCUGCUGCUGGACACGAGCAGUUGGAAGUGAUAGCCAGUGCCCCCGUUGCCACCAAACUGCACCUACACGCCAGCCCCACCACAAUCCCAGAGCGCUGCGGCCUGCGUUACGAUGUCACAGAGCACUUCAGCACAGGGGAGUCAGAGACGUCAUUCUGCGUCAAGCUCAGCACCCAGGAAGACAUCCUUGGGGACAGCGUUCUCAGAUGUCCCCCCUAUCUGGUCACCUUCUGGAAGAGAGGUCCAAACCAGUCCAACCAACAAGGUGAUGGAUAAAACAUCAGCGAUGGAAUAAGUUCUCAGAACUUUUACCUUAGAAAAAAAGCACUUUAGUACACGUAUGUAAGUAAACGUAUAUAAGUACAAUCUAGAGCCCAAAAGUAUCUAGCUAUACUUUUAUAUGAUGUAUUUUUUAGAUCAAUCUUAUUAAUGAAUAAGUGUGCAAGCAGCUUUUUACAGUUGUAGUUUGUUGAGGUUAAGUUGAUUUAUAAUAAUUGGAUAUAAGGUUGCAACUAAUAAUGACAGUCAUUAUGUAUUAAUCUCCUUGUUUUUUUCCUAAUUGAUUAAUUGUCUUUUCCAAGUUAGAAAACAUCACAAAUAGCACAAUACCAUUUACCAAAUCUAAAAAUUAUUAAACAUAAAAGCAGCAAAUUCCUACAGCUGCAACUUUGACAAAACUGUCAAAACAGAAUAAAAAAUGAUACAAACAAUAGUUGCCAAUAAAUGUUCUGUCAAACAUCUGAACAAAUUAUACAUAAUGUUACUUAUUCAAUCUAAAAUAAAGCAUUGUAUUUCAUAAAAAUCUAUGCUUAUAUGCAAAACUCUGCAUUUCUUAAACAUCUUUAUUUAAUAGAUACAAUCAAAACAAAAUAUUCCUCAUCAAAAUAAAAAUUUAAAGUAUAAUUACGACGAAAUACAGUAUUCAAGCACAAAUACUUAGUACUAAAUUUGUAGUUGAGCACAAUGCUUGAGUAAAGAGAUUAUAGUUACAUUCCACAGCUGUUAAGUACAAGGUUAACUGAAUACUGGCUGGCGGUGGGGUUUAUUUAACAUGGGUUUAUAUAAGUUAUUAACUUGAUAAAAACUGCAUCUAAGUAUUUUAAAGUUCAAUUUAUAAUAUAACCACAACAAACAACACAGACAGUUAUUGGUAAAUCGAUGCAGGAUCAGAAUGUAAUUUAUUCGAAUGCUACUAAGAUAUUGAUUAUGGGCCCUUUGGAGGUUUGUUUGUUCUGUGUGACGGAUUUUUGUUGACAAAGGAUGUUUUUUUUAUAUUUACUGUACGCAGAGUAAACAGUAUUUAUGUCUUUCAGUCUCCUGUAGGUGACGUUUAAAGAAUGUUCUUAUUUUGAAAGUCCUUUUUUGAUCACUGAAAGUAGAUUUGGAUCACUUUGCAUGAAUCUAUGUUACAGACAAAUAGAUGUUUACCAGAAAAGCUGCAAUGAAUGGUGAGUGUUCUGUUAGAUGGUUUCAUUGGCAAUAAGAGUCGUGCAAAAGGUCCCUGUUACAUGAAAUAAACAACGUAAGUAUGAGAAAUAAAUUAUUGUAAGUGUGCAUGGAAACUUUAUUUUCCUUUUACACCAAAUGUUUAUUGUGUGUCAGUAUUAUAAAUAUUAAAAGGUUACAUAACAACCAAUACAAACCCGAUUCCUAUUACAAUUAACUGCAAAACAAAUUAAGCAAAACAAAUGAACAAAUACUUUUGGACAAAUUGUGUGGGAAUCUUCUGAGAUACAAAGUAUGAUUAUAUUUGGAAUACUACUAGUACAAACUAUCUGUGUGUAUCCUGUAUGUGUUUUCCUGAUUACUGGUCACAUGUAUAUUAGCCUGUGUCACUGUGUGUUAGCAUGGUUGUGAUAUUAUGUGAAGUCUCCAUCAUCCUGCCACUGAUUGUGUGCUCAAAAUGGAAACAAGAAAGCAUGGAGUACCAUCUACUGGCUUUCAUGUGAAAUAACAGAAAUACAGAAAUAUUGUACUCAACACUCUCCAACCACUGGAUGGCAAACUAGUCAUAGGGCAAUAUUGUGUGUGUGUGUGUGUGUGUGUGUGUGUGUUUGUGUCUGUGUGUGCAACCAGCAAUGUGUAUCAAACACUAGAAGGUACUAGUUUUCUUAAGCUUUUAUGCAGUGGAUAAUCACAACUUAUGAUGUCAUCAUUAAAGCCAAAUUUGUUAAGGAACUAAUUUUAUUUCGGAUAUAAUUUUAUCUCCAGGAUAUGAGCAAAACCAUAUUAAGAAUAAAAACCAGGAUAUGAAUGUUCAUGUAAACAUACAUAUAUUUGACUCUAUAACAACUAUUAAACAGUCACAGAAAUCGUGUCUUAUAUAAUCGUACACUUACAGUCAAGUGCACAUUCAUUGGCACAUGUCUAUCAGCUGUCCUGAGCCUCUGCUCAGGUCUAAAUGAAGGAUAGUGGUGUUGGUAUGCUCUGUUGGCACACGCUCAGGAGCUUUGUAACAUAACCACGCAUGGUGAGUGUCCAGUAACUGACCCUUCUCCAAAGCCUGAGUUGCAAGAACAGCUACACGAGGACAUGCAAGCUAAGUGUUUUUUUUUUUUAACCCCAGGUCAAACUGCUUUCUAAAAUUUUAUUGUUGAAAAGCUUUAAAUGAUUUCUAGGUUGUCUGCUGCAGGCCAAGAGUAGAGCUGGUCAUCAAAACUGGUACCACAGCUUUACGGUGUGUCAGGACAAGUGAGGCCUGCUUCGAUAUGUUUGGUCAGAAGAGUGAAUCCCUGCUGGUUUCAUCAGACCUGUGACUAUGUGUGACACUGCACUGACAACCUAUAGAAAUGUUGGGACCAAUGUUUUGUAUAUGCUAAAUUAAAGCAUUUUUGUGACCAA